AUGUUAUCAACUAAUUCACUGACUGUGGACAGCAACAACAAAGUAAUACAGCCCGACAUUGAUCCAAUGUUGAUGGUGUAUGCCCCAAUGCCUCAUGAGCAAACUCAAAGCAGCGACAUAUUGUUGGAAAAUGCUGCUGUACCUGAUUUGUUAGCCGAGAACAGUUACAAUACGGAUGGUCACUCUGGCCCCAGUUCAGCCGAAGAAGCCGUAUUUCCCCCGACUUAUGCAGCACUGCCGACAACAAAGCUUGAAGAAGAACCCAAUCCGUUUGAGCAAAGUUUCGAGAGCGUUGAGAAGAGUCAAACAAAGCAGCAGCAGCAACAGCAACGUCCUGCUGAUUUGCCCAAUGUUCAAACAAUGGAAACAUCCUACAUCAAUAAUGAAAAUGAAUGGGAUAGCAGUUUAAGGCCUGAUAUUCUUUCGCCUUCUAUGCUGAGCCGACCCAUUCAUACAAACACAACGGUUUACAAUUCGACAGCAUCAACAUUGAACACAGCAUCAAUUACUACAACACAUCAAGCGCCUACACAGCCAAAAAGAUCAAGACAAGUAUCUACUGCCAACAGCAGCUGUUCAGAAGAUUCGUCGUUCAUCAUCUCUACUCCAUCAAAACCUACCAGCAAGAAACCAAGACGACAAAAGAAAUCAAGUGUUGGGCAGCCAGAGGAUGAAGAGAAGCGGAAGAACUUUUUAGAACGAAAUAGAAUAGCCGCAUUGAAAUGUAGACAGCGCAAAAAACAGUGGCUACAAAAUCUUCAAGCGAAGGUGGAAUACCUUGCGGCAGACAAUGAGCAGCUUCAUAUGCAGGCUAACGCAUUACGGGACGAAGUUAUUCGAUUAAAAACCUUGCUUAUGAUCCACAAAGACUGUCCAGUGAAUCCGUCCGCUGUUCAAACUGCUCUCAGCAGACCCAUACCAGGCAUUUUUGAUUCAUCUUCUUCGUCAAACACUCCUCACUCAGCAUUACAAAGAUCUGCAAUGACAUCAAGCUCAAACAUCUCUCCUCCCUCCUCCUCUUCUACGGCUACAGCAGCAAGCACAACAGUGGAUACAAGCCCAAUCUAA